GCGAGAAGCGGAGGGCCGAGCUCGGUUACCUGGCGUCUGACCCUGCCGUCGGCCUUGGCGAACACUCCUGGGAGAACGAGUUCUGCAGGCCCGCUUCCUCCGACCCAGCCCGGACCAGACCGGCGCGCCUGCCCGCCGCUCGCCCCCGGAGCCCAUGCGGGCCGCGCUCGGGAGCCCCCAUCGCGGGGCCAGACCAUGAGCCUGCCGGGCGGCCCGGCCUCCCCGCCGCGGACCCCGCCGCAGGCCGGCAAGGCCAGGAUGAAAAAGCUGCCGAAGAAGAGCCAGAACGAGAAGUACCGGCUCAAGUACCUGCGGCUGCGCAAGGCGGCCAAAGCCACGGUGUUUGAAAAUGCUGCCAUUUGUGACGAAAUUGCUCGUCUUGAGGAAAAGUUUCUUAAAGCAAAAGAAGAAAGAAGGUACUUGCUAAAGAAGCUCCUCCAGCUGCAGGCUCUAACUGAAGGGGAAGUCCAAACUCCAGCCCCUGCCCACAGCUCCAGUCUGCCCCUAGCAUACAGCGUGGCCAGCUCGGCGGGAGCUAGUCAGGGAGCAGGGCCCAUUUCUGGGCUCAACACUGGGGCUGAGGAGCCAUUUGGGAAGAAACCCAAGAAGGAGAAAAAAGAAAAAGGCAAAGAAAACAACAAACUGGAAGUUCUGAAGAAAACAUCCAAGAAAAAGAAAAUGGAGGGAGGUGCUCGCAAGCUGGUCCAGCCCAUUGCCCUGGAUCCCUCAGGACGGCCCGUGUUCCCCAUCGGACUGGGGGGUCUAACAGUAUAUAGCCUAGGGGAGAUCAUCACCGACCGACCUGGCUUCCAUGAUGAGAACACCAUCUACCCUGUGGGCUACUGCAGUACUCGAAUCUAUGCCAGCAUGAAGUGCCCAGGCCAAAAGUGUCUCUAUACCUGUCAGAUCAAGGAUGGUGGUGUGCACCCUCAGUUUGAGAUUGUCCCUGAAGAUGACCCCCAAAACACCAUUGUCAGCUUUUCUGCAGAUGCCUGCCAUGAAGAGCUAAUCCGGGUUAUAAGCGCAACUAUGGGGAAGCUAACACCCAACCUGCUUCCAUCUGGGGCAGACUUUUUUGGGCUCUCUCACCCAGCCAUCCACAACCUGAUCCAGAGUUAUCCAGGAGCUCGGAAAUGCGUCAAUUACCACUGGGUGAAAUUUAAUGUAUGCAAACCUGGAGAUGGGCAGUCCCCCCAAGGACUUUCAGAGAAUGAUACAACUAUAAGCUUUGAAGCCUUUCAGGGCCAGACCUUUGAUGAGGACCACAGUGACCCCAUUCUACAAGGGUUAUUGCUGGGUCUCGGUGCCUCCACCAUGAAUCCACUGCUCCUGGAGACCAUUUUUUCCCCUUUUGUUGUCCCUGUUGUUGUAGCCUUGUUGUGGUUAUUAUUGUUGUUGAUGAUGUCGCUCGUUGUUGGAUAGGACAGAGAGAAAUCGAGAGAGGAGAGGAAGACAGAGGGGGAGAGAAAGACACCUGCAGACCUGCUUCACCACCUGUGAAGCGACUCCCCUGCAGGUGGGGAGCCGGCGGCUCAAACCGGGAUCCUUACUCCGGUCUUUGCACUUUGCUCCACGUGUGCUUAACCCGCUGCGGCACCACCCGACCCCCUAAAAGAUAUUUUAAAUUUUGACACCCUCCUAUGUCAAUGCGAAUGAGGAGAAAAUAGGGCUGUGCCUUGGUGGGAAUGUUAACUGCUGAACCUCUUAGGAGGAUUAAAUAUAAGUGUCAAAAAUUAUAAACGUUUACCCUUAAACUUGCUCUUCCAACAUUAAGAACUCUGAGGAGAUAAGUAUGAUCUGAUGUUUGUAUGUGAGAGUCAUCACGGUGUUUAAUAAUGAAAAAUUAUAUUCACUAGUAGGAAAUGAUUAAAAUAUGGGGCUCCCACAAACAAAUACUAAAUCCAUAUUCAGUUUACACAGGGAAAUUACUUGGUUAAAGUAUGUUGAGAACACAGCUUAUAAAAUAAUAUGCCAUGGAGUAUGCAAAAUAUCAAUAUAUCCCAUAAAAAUUGAAUAUUCACCAACAUAAGUGUUUGUUUCCAAAUGAUGAAUUUUGGAGUAAUUUUUACUUGUUUAUACUUUCUGUUCAUCUUCAGAGCCACAGUGAUUAUAAAUUUCAUAUCGGAAACAAUAAAAUUGCAUUCAUUGGAAAGCAAA